GCUUCCCCCAUUAGACAAUUAUUAUAUAUACCCUAAUGGACACAACCAUAUCUAUUCACUUAAACUCCCAAACUACCCACAAAUCUUGAAAGAUGGUGCCUUCAAACUUGAAGACUUUUCUAGCUCUUGCUUUGCUCUUGUUGCCAAUAGCUGCAAGAGGGGAUUAUGAAUAUGAACAGGAGAUAUGCACAGAGGUGAACUGUGGAAAAGGAAAUUGCAGGGAAGAUAGAGGAUACAACUACAACUUCAGGUGCAGGUGCGAGGAUGGUUGGAAACGCACCACAAUAAAGAAUACUAACGAAGAUGAUUUCCAGUUCCUGCCCUGCAUAAUUCCUGAAUGUACCCUUGAUUACUCUUGCAUGCCAACACCUCCUCCACCUCCACCCCCUCCAUUCAACUCUUCUGCCUUCGACCCUUGCUAUGGGGUUUACUGUGGGGAAGGAGCAUGCAUAAAGAAUACAGACUUCACACAUAUCUGCCAGUGCAACUAUGGCUACAACAACAUCCUAGGCAUCCCGGUUUUUCCUUGCUUCAGUCCAUGUGCCCUUGGAUCAGAUUGUUCAAGGCUCGGGAUCAAGAUCACAAAUGACACCUAUAGAUCGCCAUUUGAUAAUCAGGCAGCUAAAUCAAUUCUGCCAAGGAAGUCGCACUGGAUAGCUGUACUACUGGCCUCAGCCGGUUUGGCUUUGUGGAAGUAGAUCGAUCCCAAAUAACGUUGAGAAGCUUUAUCACAUAAUAACUGAUUUGCAGUGUUGCACCUGUGUUGUUGGCUCAGAUAGGUAUAUACCACAGAUUCAGUUUGUAUAAAUAAAUAUGAACAAUAUGUAUGUUGUAAGUGGAUUCUUGUAUGCAAAAUGGUUCAAUAAAAUGUAGCAGCUCUCAAA